AGAGUGUGGAAUUUAUUUACAAAGUUUGUAGCUUUAACAUUCUCUCCUCUUUGCUUAGCUUGAAGGUAGGAGGAUCUUGUACUUAAAGCCAGAGAAUAACUGUCACAUCCCAGAAUCUUGAUCCUUAAGAAAGCAUCAACCUUUCCUCUGCUUCCCUUCGCAGUCUGUAGCCUUUGGGAGAUUUUUGAGUGUUUGAUCGACCAAUCAAGAUGGAGAAGGAGUUUGUGUGCAAGUUCUGUAACAAGAAGUUCCCUUCUGGGAAAUCACUCGGAGGUCACAUCAGGAUUCAUUCGCCUCAGAGUUCAGUUCAUUCAGAUGGUUUCAUUGGCAAGAACAACAACAGCAAGAAGAGGUUGGUGGAUCAGAGAGCUCUUGCCAGUCACAACUACGAGGGAAAGAAGAUGGAGAUGGACACCCAAUCUGCUUCUGAGACUACUACUACUACUUCCUCUGGUCCUACUACAAUGAUCAAAAGAUCCAAGAAGCAGUCCAGUUCUGAAUCUUUUAGCACUGUGAGCUGGUCUUCUGAUCCUGGGAUUGAUCAAGGAUCUAAGGAUCUCAUGUUUUUACAUUUGGGUAGGAAAGACUUUAACUUGCCUGUGAACUCUCUGGUGCCUGACUCAUCAGAGAACAACUCUGAGAUUCUCGAGACCAAGUCAUCUUCAGGGGAGCUGCUUAAGACACCACAUAAAGUUGCUGUUGGUGAUGAUAGUGAUGAUAGUGAUGAUAAUGGUUCCUCUGAUUCUGAUUACUUCAUGAGUGGACCAAAGAAGUCAGAUGUCUCGGUUGGUGGGUCUCUUAGGAACACUGGAGUUGGUUCUGGAUUCAACAGCUUCAAGAACGGUGAUGAGCUUGGGGUAAAGGAGAGAGGAUCAAAGCAUGAGCUGGGCAAAAGCAAAAGAGUCUCGCCUUCUUAUGGAAGUGAUUCUUAUGAAGACAAGAAAAACAGCAAGUUUCAUAGGUCCAGUGAUGGUGGCAUGGUUAAGAAGGCAAGUGGUGGAGACAAGAAUAGCAAAGGCCACGAGUGCCCAGUCUGCUUCAAGGUGUACAGUUCAGGACAAGCUUUAGGAGGUCACAAGAGAUCACAUACCAUUGCGAAUCAAGCACAACAGAGGGCCAAACGCAAGGCAGCUGAUAUGCAAUUCGGUCUCUAUCUUCCUGCUGAGGAGGAUAGUGAUGAUGAUUGAAUUAGAACAUGAGAACCACAGCUCUUCUCUCUUUUUUGCUCUAGAAUUCUUUUAUCAAAAUUGUUCAAGGUUCUGACUGUAUAUCAAAAGCUUUUUGAGUUGUUCAUAUGAAAAGCUUUGAUCACAUAAACAAUUAUUUUCUUUGUGAGUGUUGUUUUGAUAUAAAGCUUCAUGUGUUCUUACUGA